AGCGGAAAACAAAGGACUUCUUUGCCGAAACGCCAUGGCCAAAUCGGAGAGUGGGGCCCUGACGUUGUGCACGAUCCAGCAGCGGGGCUUGGCACUGGCCCUGGCCGGGGCUGCCCUGGUGGCCUGGUGGUGGAGAGAGCGGAGAGAGCGGAGAGAGCGGCGCCAUGUGCGCUUCGCGGAGGUGCCGGGCAGUGCGGUGGCCGAGCUUGGGGACAAUCAGUGCAACAUCAUGGAGAAGUUGGAGGAGUGGGCGGAAAGCUACGGCAGUGAAGGCUUCUUCGAGAUGAAGCUUGGGUCUCGCGUUGUGGUUUGCUACACGUGGGAGCAGGCGCAGCAGAUCCUGGCCCUUCGGCCUUGGAAGAUGAUUCAGAACUCAUCCAUGUCGAAGGCCAAGGACAUCUUGGCAGGGCUGGUGUUCUCGGAGGGGCGUCAGUGGCAGCGCGAGAGAAAGCUACUUGCCCCCGCCUUCAAUGUCAAGAACACGGAGAGUUACCUUCCUGCCGUAGAGAGUGUCACGGGGCAACUUCUGAAGGAGCUGUCACAGGAGAUGUCUCAACAGGGUUUUGCAGAUUUCUCGGAGCUGCUGGUGCUCUUUGGGGCGGACGUCAUGUGCAAGACCUGCAUGGGCAAGGAGCUGAAGGCUUUGGAGACCCGGAAGGCAACGAUUUUGGAUGACGUCAAGGUGCUGGGAUUUGCGAUACGCAAGCGGAUCAAUUCCUGGAUACCUUACUGGAAGCUGCCCUUCCUUCGGCUGGACGGUGGGGCAGCAGCGGCCAAGCGCGUGCACGAGAGGUGUCAGCAGCUGAUAGCGGAGGCGGACCCCAGUCAGAAGACCAUCGCGCGGAAGAUGCAGGAGAUGGUGGACGGCGACAAGUUCACUCAGAAGGAAUUCCUCGACCACCUCACCACAAUCUUCCUGGGAGGAGCUGACACGACGAGCAGGGUCUUGUGUUGGGUUUUCUACUAUCUUGCCAGAGACCCCAAGCUACAAGAGCAUGUGGCGCAGGAGGUACGAGAUCUGCCUGAGGCCCUCUCUGCCAAAGACUUGGACACCUUACUUUGGGUCCAGGCCGUUUGGAAGGAGACGCUGCGCUACCACUCGGCGUCAGUUUACAUGCCUUUGGAAGCGCAUGAGCCAGCGACGCUGGCUGGCCGCGUGGUACCAGAAGGCACGGCCGUGUGGAUUGCAAUCCGCCACAUCCUGAGGAACGACCCUGCCAUGAAAUGUAUGGGGGACAACCUCCGGGAGUAUCGCCCCUCUCGCUGGUUGAGCUCCGGCCUCAUCCAGCAUGAGCCCUUGGACGCCUUAGCGUACGGCCACGGCUCGCGGAUUUGUAUCGGCAUGCCUUUGGCCAACUACACCGGUUUGGUCGUUAUGGCCCGCGUAGUGCAGCACUUUGUCCUGGAGUGGCGAGGGGAAACCGUGCCGGAGGUGAGCUACGGCCUCACCGGGAAUCUGCAGGCAGGGCCCGUGGCCAUCCAUUUGCGCCCACGGGGACCUGAGGUGUGAGCCGGCAGGGGCUCUUCGUGGCUCGCUUGACCAAGCUCGCGGA